GCAAGUUUUAAACUCGUUUAAGUGUUGAUACCGAAGUUAAAAGAUCAUGCGAUCUCUCUGAGAACGAAAUCUGUGUAACAAACAUCAAAGUUUUAUCCGUGACAAAAAGAUCAAAGUGCCGUAUUAACUACAAAAUAAUUGUGUCAGUGAUGUCUUUACAUCUUGCAGACGUGAGUUCCGAAUACGAAAAAAACAAACAUUUAAAAAAAGAAGAAGUCAAAAAAUUUAACGACUGGGUAAACCAACAACCUCAUCUGCCGAAAAUCAACGAGCUUCAAGCCAUAUUUUUCCUUCAUGCUUGCUAUUACAACGAGGAUAUGGCGAAAAAAACAAUAGAUAACUUUUUCACCAUAAAAAGUAGGCAUCCAAGCCUUUUUAAAAUGAGAAACCCAUAUAAAUCCCCAGUCAAAGAAUCUCUCGAUGUUGCACUUCUUACACCUUUACCCAAAAAAACCCCUGAAGGCUAUACCAUCAUGUUUAUUAAAAUUAUAGACGUCACUCCCAGUAGCUUAAAUACAGAAGCGCAAUUAAAAAUGUUUGAUAUGACGUGUAUGCUACAUCUUCAUCAAUAUGGCACCUCUGAUGGUUACGUGGUUGUUUUUGAUAUGGAAGGAACAAGUUUUGGACACUUGUUCCACAUAUCGCCACUUGCUUUAAAAAAAUUUUUACAUUAUGUACAAGAAGGUAUACCAGCACGUUUGAAAAGACUACAUUAUGUGAAUAUUGUUCCUUUUAUGGAUAAGGUUUUAGCUUUGAUUAAACCAUUCGUAAAGAAAGAACUCUACGAUACAAUUUAUUUACACAACACCAUUGACGAUUUAACAAAAUAUGUUCCUCUUGAAUGUUUGCCGAAAGACUAUGGAGGCUCCGCAGAAACUGUAUCGGAUCUGCAAGAAAAAAUUAAGAAGAAAGUGCUAGAAAAUGUCGAUUUUUUUGAAUGGGAGGAUAAGCAGAACGUGGAUGAAAGCCAAAGGCCAAAAAUUGAGAAGUACUGGUUUAAAUGGUAGUUAAAUAAUUAAUAUGGAUCUAUUCUCCGUUCCACUUUGAGUUGGCAGUAUAAAAAAUUCGUAACCAAUACAUUUUAAGUAGCAGAAUUCCCCGCGGUGUUGUCAGUUAUCAAAAAGUUGCCGAUUUGUUGAAGAAAUUGAUACAUGCACAUCUUAUCUUGAACUUUUUGUCAUUGUCAAUUUCAUAAUAAAUCCUAUAAUUUCUCAAAUUUUCACAAUUUUAAAAUUGCGUUUUUUAGUUCAUCGUGUUGUAUUUUUACAUUUUUAUCACAUCAUAUUUUAAAAUCUAUUUUAUUUUAAGGCAUUGUUUUUUAACGAUAGUAGUCAUAAACUGUGAUUGCAUUUACGUCUAAAAUAAACGUGUUUCGUAAUCUUCAUGAGCGGGGUUUUUUAUUACUGGAAAUUUUGAAAUUGAUCUGCGACAAAGUAAUACUUAAUAAACUGGAAUUAUUUUGGAAAAAUUAAUAUAAUCAAUCACAAGUUCUACUUCCAGUCUCGGUUAAUAUCCCGUAUCCGACACAUCGCCCAAGUUUGAAAAUUUUUACCUCAAAGGCAAAAGCGGCGUCAAGUACUGCUUCAUUACAAAAAAUAUUUUAAACCAAAAUCUACAACUUUGCUGUUGAUCUAUUUUAAAAUCUUCCGUAAUAAAACAAAAUCGCAUGUAAAAAAUUCGAAUACACCAUUUUUGCAACUAACAAGGAAAUAUUUUUUGGAAGGAUAUUAGUACAGCCAAAGUUACUUUGUUAAAAUCAGUAGUGUUUGGUUAUAUUUAUUACCCUUAAAAAAAACUAAGACAAAAUUUUGAAUAUUUUUUGAAAUAUGACGUAAUGAAAAAAUAAAAACUAAAAUUAUGAAAAUCCAAAAAACAAUGCAAUUUACUAUGAUAUUUUGAUGUAUAAAAAUCGAAUUUUCACAUAAAGAGACGCGGAAUGGCAGAAAAUUUAUGAUAAAUAUAUGUAUAUCUUUAGAAAUCGAUUUUCUACGCUGAUACUGAUAACUCAAAGUGAAAUGGAGAAUAAACCAAAAAAAUAAAGUAUUAAACACUUUGAAUACUUUGAAUUUGACAUGUAUUAUUAACGUCAGGUACAAUGUUACCGUGUUCUCAAAAUUUCAGAGACUUUUUCACAAUUCACGCACAAAUAUAAUCUCAUUAACUACUUAAUUAGUCUAUUUAAUUAAAUACAAGUUUACCACCACUUCA